AUGGGAGAGUUAGUUGGAAUGUGCAUAGGAGACAAGGCUUAUUCGUGGUAAUUUGAUCCCGAAUAAAAGAGAAUUACUCAGCUAAAAUCAAUCGAUCAAUUGUAUUCGAAAUAGAUAAUACAUUUUUCUGCUGGCAAUAGUCAUCUUAUAUGCAUAGAAUAGAAGGGGUCUUCGUCCUUCAUAGAGAGUAUUUGUAGUUCAACUACAACUCUGAGGGGGAAGCACGAGGAGAGGAGCAAAAGCAAUUACAUUGAAAAACAAGAUGGUAUUUAGAGUUUGAAAAUUUAACAACUCGAAAAAUAACUGGAGGAAAAGGAUAGAUUGAUCUAGCAAAUGAAAGCAGAUUACCAAAUAAAAUUAUAGCAGAUGCAACAAAAGUAAAAGGAAAUGGAAGGAUAAUUGCAAAACAAGGAUAAAGAAAUAGCCAAAUUAACGAUAGAGUUGCAUCGUCUGUAGGAAGAUCAACAGAAUAAGAAUUCGGAUUCGGAAAUACUGCAAUGUCAUGUGCAAGAGGAAGCAAGCGAAGAUGAAGGCGAUGUCAAAGUCUUAAAGAAACAAACAUCAUUACCUUAUUAGUAGGCUACUCUGGCCUAUCAUCACACCUCUCAUUCUUAGUUACAAAACUAUUCUUGUCAAUAGUAAGUGAAGAGUCCUGUCAAGACCAUGAUCCAAGAAAAUUAAUUUGAGGAUAGUCUGUAGAAAAACAAAUUCUGCAAAACCGACCAUGAUAGGGAGGGGAAGUAUCAAUCUUUGGAAAAGCAACGGAAGAAGGAGGUGUUGAAUGAGAGACCUCAGAGUUCAAUACGGGAGAAGAGCAAUAAUAAUAAUGAGAAGACGAAUCUUUCUACGAUAAAAUCAAGAUUAACAGAUUUGUAGAAAAAUAAGGAGCAACUUGAAUAGAGAAUGAGACAAUUUGAGGAUCGUCUCAGGGAAAAUAAGUUAUAUACAAAGUGA